AUGCGCAAGGCGACCUUCCUGGAGCUGUGCGCCCGCCUCUCGCCGGCCCUGCAGCGCCAGAAGACUCGGAUGCGGGUGCCGCUGAGCGUGGAGAAGAGGGUGGCCAUCGCCCUGUGGAAGCUGGCCACCUCCGUCUGCUACCGCGACGUGGGCAACCAGUUCGGCGUCGGCCGUUCCACCGCCGGCUCGGUGGUGCUGGAAGUGUGCCGCGCCAUCCAGAGGGUGCUGAUGCGCGCCACGGUGACCGUGGGCGGAAGCCUGGCGGCGAUCCUGGCCGGGUUUGAGGAGAUGGGCUUCCCCAACUGCGCCGGGGCGGUGGGCACCACACACAUGCCCAUCCUUUGCCCGCCAAACCAGGCAGCCGAGUACGUCAACUCCAAGGGUUACUAUUCCAUGGCCUUGCAAGCGCUGGUGGACCAUCAGGGCAAGUUCACCCACCUGAGCGCCGGCUGGCCAGGGAAGACGCACGAAGCCAAGAUCUUCAACAAGUCCACCUUGUUCAGCAAAGGGCAGGAAGGGACUCUCUUUGCCCUGGGCCCCACGGACAUCAACGGGGUCUCUGUGCCCAGGGUCAUCCUGGGCGGACCGGCCUACCCUCUCCUCCCGUGGCUGAUGGUGCCCUACACAGAAGACCUGGACGGCGCCAAGGAGGCCUUCAACGCCACCUUGAGCCGGUGCCAGGAGCCCUUGGAGGAGGCGUUCAGCCGGCUGAAGGGCCGCUGGCGGUGCCUGACGGGCCGCAACGACUGCGCGGUGGAGAACCUGCCCCGCCUCAUCUCGGCCUGCUGCGUCCUGCACAACAUCUGCGAGGAGAAAGGCGAGGCCUACGAGGAGACGUGGGAGGCCGAGGCCAAGCAGCUGGCCGCCACCUUUGAGCAGCCGCUUCAGAGGCCGGACACUCGCAUCAAGCCAGCGGCCAGGUCCGAGAGGGUCCGAGACGCCCUCUGCGCCUACAUUGCCGGCACGGCGUGA